GUCUCGUCUUUUUCGUACUUCUACAUACAUAAAUAAGAUCGUAGGUGUUUCAUAAAUAAUCGAUCGCAGCCCCUAAAGAUCUUCUUAUGUGUUUGUAAGGAUACAAGUUGAUUGUGCAUUCUCGUCUGAUGGAAGGGAUCAUUCAAACAUGAAGUAAACAAUGAAAUGUAGCUGUAUAUGCUUCACUAAAUUGAAACCUUGUCCUUAACUCGUGUAUAAACACAUCAACUCAUUCCCUUGUGUAGGUUCUACUGAGAAUAAUUUCAUUUCAUUUAUAUUAUUUUCUUUGGGUGAAUAGAAGACACAACAAAACGUUUUUGUAGGUAAAAACAUCUUUUUCUAUAUAUUUAUUUUUUUGGCAAAAGCAAAGCAAACCUCAUACAUUUCAUUUCAUCAGUCGAUUUACAGUUCUCGUUACGUUCGGGCUGGUUUUGUUGUGUUUUUCUUUGUCGCAUCACACGUUUUUAUUUCAAAAGUGAAAGAGAGCCUCGAGAGAUAACAUUUUAAUUAAAAAGAUUAUUUCAAUCGUCGCUUUAGAACAGGUUAAAACAAAAAAAGAAAUUAUUGUCAUGGAAAAAUUGCGGCAAAACUGCUGUUGACGUCGUCCUUAUCUUAAUUAAUUGUUAUUAGUUUUGUGAGAAAAAUGAAAGCGCUAUUAGAAGUUUAAAAAAAGAUCUUUACAAAACAUUACCUAAGUUAUGAGUUUUCUUCUGUUGAGUGCUGCAUUAGGCAGAUUGCCGGUAGUGAACGACUGUCCGGGUCAAACUGCUAGAGUUACAUCCAACCUGCACUCGUCUAGCAGCACAAUGGCAGUAAGUCGAGUGCCAUCACCACCUCUACCAGAGGUCAACACACCAGUCGCAGAAAAUUGGUGUUACACUCAGGUCAAAGUCGUCAAAUUCAGUUACAUGUGGACGAUAAACAAUUUCAGUUUCUGUCGAGAGGAAAUGGGCGAAGUAUUAAAAUCAUCCACAUUCUCAGCGGGAGCAAAUGACAAACUUAAAUGGUGUUUGCGAGUGAAUCCGAAGGGUCUCGAUGAAGAAAGCAAGGACUAUCUCUCCCUCUACCUGCUUCUUGUGUCGUGCAACAAAUCGGAAGUACGAGCCAAAUUCAAAUUCUCAAUUCUGAAUGCCAAGCGCGAAGAAACCAAAGCGAUGGAAUCACAGCGAGCAUAUCGCUUUGUUCAGGGAAAGGAUUGGGGCUUCAAAAAGUUCAUUCGUCGUGAUUUUCUCCUCGACGAAGCCAAUGGUCUCUUACCUGAAGACAAAUUAACCAUUUUCUGUGAGGUCAGUGUGGUAGCCGAUAGUGUGAAUAUAUCAGGACAAAGCAACAUAAUACAAUUUAAAGUGCCAGAAUGUAAACUGUCGGAGGACUUGGGCAAUCUAUUUGACAAUGAGAAAUUUAGUGAUGUGACGCUUUCAGUUGGUGGAAGAGAAUUUCAAGCACACAAAGCGAUUUUAGCUGCCAGAAGUCCAGUAUUUGCAGCUAUGUUUGAACAUGAAAUGGAAGAAAGAAAACAGAAUCGUGUUGCUAUAACUGAUGUUGAUCAUGAAGUUUUAAAAGAAAUGUUAAGAUUCAUUUACACCGGCAAAGCACCAAACUUGGAGAAGAUGGCUGAUGAUUUGCUUGCAGCUGCAGAUAAGUAUGCCCUGGAAAAACUUAAAGUGAUGUGUGAAGAAGCUCUUUGCGUCAAUUUAUCAGUCGAAACAGCAGCUGAAACUCUAAUACUCGCCGAUCUCCACAGCGCUGAUCAACUGAAAGCGCAAACAAUUGAUUUCAUCAACACCAGUCACGCAACAGACGUGAUGGAGACUGUCGGCUGGAAAAAUAUGGUGACGACACAUCCGCACCUCAUAAAUGAAGCAUUUCGCGCCCUCGCAACACAACAAAUACCACCUAUCGGUCCCCCGCGUAAGCGAGUUAAAAUGAGCUGAAAUAGAGCGUUGACAUCAUUUGCCACCGUGAUGUCAUCGUCAUCAACAGCCCAUUCAUCCCAUUAUUCAACAAUAACUUCCCAAUUAUCAUCAUCAACGCCACCGCCAACACUGACAUCAUUGCUGCACCAAAAACUGACGACAAACUCUCCAAAUCAUCAUCUCCAUCAACAACAUCAUCAUCAUCAUCAUCAUCAUCAACAUCAACAACACCCGAAGCCAAUUGUUUCGGGAUCAGCUGAUAAACAAGUUUUAUUAAAUGAUAUUGCAUCUGGUCUAGCGUCAGCUGUAAGUCAAGCGGUGUCAGAUGCAGUGUCAUCAAUGCACCAGCAAAUGAACAAUCAAGAAAUGAUACAGCGUCGAACUGAUCCACCAUCACAACGUCAUCACUUCUCACAUUUGCGUCAGCAACUUGAGAGUAAAGAGCCGUCUUAUCACGGCACAAACAGUACGAUUUUGAGAAAGCGUUUAUCAAAUAUAAAUAUUGAAGCUGCUGUGGCAUCAGCUGUGAAUCGCUAUCUCACAACAACUAUCAAGAAUAAUCAGAAGAUGACAAGAAAUCAGUUGGAUCAAGAUGAGAAUGUCAUUUUAAUAGAUGGCAAGUGUUUAAUUCAAAAUUAAUCAGAUUAAGCGCAGUGUUUGUAAUGAGUUAGCAGUAUCGCUUCGUGUAACAAUGAUAGACAGUUUAAUCUCUUCUUUAUGUUUAAAAAUAUUGUUUUUAAGUUCUCUUAAGUCAGCAAAAAGUCAUUAAUUGGGAAGUAGAUUCUUCAACAAAAUUAAAAAGAACAUUUUCUUUAUGUCAAGUGAUAAGUGAUAACACGUGAAAUUGAUUGUAGUGGAAAAAAGAAGAGAAAGAAAUUAUCAAAAUUGAAGAAGAAUUUGCAUUAAAAAAUUGAAAGGAAAUUUAAGCUAGAUGUAAACGUGUUAAGAAUUUAAAUGAUAGCAUUAAAGAUAGUUUAGAUGAAGAGAGAAACAAAACAAAAACAAGUUUGAAGUGAACGAAGAUUAACUUAUUUUUGUGUUAUUUCUUAUGUUGACAUUACUUGCAUUCAACAUUUCUUGAAAAUAUAAGUUAAAUAUUUGAAAUAUUAUUACCUAAACUGGUAAAACUCGGGGUUAAAACUUGAUUUUACAAGAAUAUUUUGUAUACGUAAGUUGCGUUAUACGUAACCUUACGUAUGCUAACAUAACUUAACAUCAUUGUAACGCAGUUUGUCAACGUACAUAAUUAAAUAACGCAACUUAAGUAAACGCGAACACAGAAAAUUUCUUUUUCUUUCCACUCCCACAUCCUCUUAUUGUUUUUGGAAAAGCUUUCGUAAAAAAAUAUUCAUUGAAAAUUUUGAAAUUUUAGUUGAUGAGAUUUUUUUUUGUAUAUUAAUGAUUGAAUGUGAGAAAUUUGAUUUCACUGAUAUUGAAGAAUGGCAAUCGGGUUUCACAACCAAUUGCUAUUAGCAUAUUUUAACAUUUUGAGAUCAAAACUUUUCAUUCGAAAGAAAAUUCCAAGGAAAUUUCAAAUCGACCAAAACAAAAGAAAUGAAAAGUAGAAAAGAAAACUUUUUUGAAAUGUGAUUUAACUAUAAAGAAAUUCGAUAAUAAAAGAAAAGCCAGAAGCUAUCAUCACAUAAAGUAUGAGAAGAUUUGGAACUUGCGUCACUUUAGUUAGUGCAAAUUUUAUUUCUUAUUAUUUUCCCAUUUUUUCUCCGAUUACCCUAAAAUCCAUCCCAACAACAAUGUAGUUUAAAAGAAAAAGUUUUAGCAAGAAAUUUUCAUUAGUUCACAAUUCGAUGUUGAUAAUUUUUAAGUUUAUUUUUGUAACCUUUUUUGCAAUGAAACCCACCAAAACAUGUGUUGAGGAGCGACACCAAAUAAGCGAAGAUCAUUUUAUGUAAAAAAAAACAUCAAAUUUAUAAAAUCGUCAAAGACUCGCUCUUCGACUUAUGCAACUUUUAUCUUAUUAUUUUGAUUUUCUCUUUUCGUCUCAACUCAGCGCUUUCAAGUGAAAUCAAAGCUUCACCUGGGGUUUAACAAAUAGCGAGGAGAAGAAAACUUUCGUGUGAGAGAUUAUCGUCUAAAACUCCCACGUAUUUCACAAAGAAAAAAAAAAACAUUUUUCAUUUCUAUUGUAAAUAACUUUUCUUUCCGCGAACUGAUUUUAUUCAACCGUUCUAUCCUAUCCCUUCCCCAGCUUCUUAAUAAAUAAUUCGUUCGUAAUCAAUUAAUUAAUUUUUUUGAUCUCUUGUUAUAUAAUGAUUUUAAUUUAGAAUUUUGUUUCUUCUUAACUUCUUUUCUCUCGUGUUAAAUGACAAUUGUGAAGCGGAUUGUCGCCAAAACAUUAAUUAAAAUUAAAAAAAAAAUAAGGAUGAGAAUGAAUCAUAAUUGAUUAAUGCUAAUGAAAAUGAAAAAAAAUAAAAAAAAAACCUAAAAUGAAUGUCUAGUACUAUGUAAUAAUUUAAUAAUUAUUUUACGAUCGACAAAUUAGUGAGUGAAGGCAACAACAGAAAGUUCUUUGUUUUCUUCUCGUUAAGUCCUUAGUUUGGUAAUGAAGAUUAAGUGGACAAAUGAACUUAUUGAUAAGUUUUUUUCUCGUAUGCAGUAGUGUUAUAAAAAAAAGUUAUUCGUAACAGAUAACUUCAGAAAAAAAUAUUGAAAACUAAAUUUAGUUUUUUGUCAAUGAUUCUCGAUGAAAGAAAGAAAAGUUUCCAUUCAACCACGAUUAGAUUCUUUGUUUUAAUUUUCCUCUCGUUCAACAAAUUUUUAAAGCAAAGAGAAGUUUGAAACGCGAUUAAAGAACAUGUGAAAAGCCAUAAGUUUUGCUGUGAUAAUGCAUUAAAAUUAAAAACGACAAACACAAAGAGUGAUGAGAAAGGAAACUGACAAGAAGAAAAUUUCUUCUCCUCUAGAAAUUUUCUUUUUCAUCAUUUUGCAUUUUUUUAAUAAUUUUCUUCAUCAUUAAGUUGGAGUUUUUACUGCCCAGAAAAAUCGUGAUUCAAAGACUUUCAUACCACGUUCGAGCCUCUUUUUUUCUUUCAUCGCUUAAAUUGAAUUCAAUUCAAUUUUUUUCUGGUUGCACAAAGGAAACUUUUCACGACAGCAUCGCAGACCAAAACCCAAAAAAGAAAAAAAUCCAUAAAAAAUAAAACAGAAUAAAAAAGUAAUUUUAAAAGUUAAUGAACCUUUGCAAAGGUGAAUAACUAGUAAGAAUUUUUUACAAAACCCGAAACACAACAGGAAGUGAACAUGAGUCGCCGCAAAGAGCUUUUUAAGUUUUUCAUAUGUGAAGGAAAAUUUGUCCCAAAGUUUUCUUUUUUGUGUCACUUAACAAAUUUUUCAACACAGUUGAUAAUGUUUCCCGCUGUAAAUAUGAAAAAGAAUGAAAGAAAAAGUUAAAAGAAAAUCCCAAGCGACAAUUUUUCAUUGUUUGUAGUCGAUCGAUUAAAAGAUGGAAGAAAACCCAACAAUAAUAAUUGUAGUAGUGAUUCGGAUGCAAUCAUAUUGCGAAUGAAUCCUUAAAUUUAAUUAAAUGCAUUAGAUUUUAAUUGUACCACACAUAAAACACAGACAAAAAUCUACAAGCAGAAAUUGAGUCCAGAUUUUAUUGGAUUUGAGUAUGGACAAAAAAAAGGAAAAGAAAAACUUUAAUGAUUGAGAGUAAUGAAGGAAAAUCAUGAAAGGAUUUUUCCUUCUGUUUUUGUGAGAUGACAGAACAUAAGUUGUAAUAAAAAUCUGGAGGAUUUUUUUGAAUUAAAAC